ACGGCCUUCAUUUUUCUCGGUUUUCUUUAAUCUUGCCACCAACAAACGUGAUUUCUAAAAAAACAUUUUUUCUUCUUCUUGUUCUUUUUCUCCCCUCAUUUAGAUGCGUAAAUAUGCUUGACUGGAAAUAUGUUUUUUUUUUGGAAAUGUAAUAAACAUGUUGAAUCCCCUGCAAACCCUUCGUUCCCCUCCCGGAAUAUAAUACGGCAAAUGACAUAAGGCGACGUGCUCACUUGAAAAUUUGUUAAAUACAUUUUUUUUCUCACAACGGAAUGCAGAAAAAUAUGGGGCAAGACCUUAUCGCCCCAGUGAGCAGACAUUGAAAGAUUUCAACAAACGAAAAAACAAGGCAGCGGGAUCACAAGCAGUUGAUGUAUGUGAUAGGAAUUGCGAAAAAGGCAAAACAACGUGCUGGUGUUUGUUUAUUACGAAUAAAGGUUAAAAAAGCAGCUAACAGCCACGGUAGCAAGCAACACCUGUCGGUUACGAGUCCCCCAUCUCCUUUUAUCCCUUCUAAAUACCCAACAUCCCAACCAUAGUCGUCCGUAUUGCCUUGGCUGUCUUUAAUAUGCAGAACAGACAGCAAAAUGAAAUGAAGAACAUUUUGGCCCCCUUCCAAGUUGAAACAGGCCGUUGCUAAACAUUUGUUAAAAAGGGCGUAACAAAUUAAAAGCGUUAGGAAACAUCAACUCCAAAAGUGUGCAGCGGGCAAACCACCAACAGCAGCAGACGACCAGCAACGACACAUUUAUGCCCUGAAACGAAAACAAUUAUUAUGUCUGUUGAAUAUUGGCCAAAGACAACGGCAACAGCAGCAGCAGACGUAGUAGAAGUUGAGGAUUCCGAAGACGACAGGACGAAAAAUUUAAACAAAUUUGACAUAACCAAUAACAACAACAACAACAACAAUAGCAAUCAUAAGGGGCACAAUUUGAAAAGUGUUGCCAGCCACGGUGACAUUAGUGACAGUAAUCAGUUUGUUAAACGCCCCCAAAUCAAAAUAAGCGGAAAUCAAAUAAUACGAGCAACAACACAUCCAAAGGAUGUCAAGGAUUGUCCAGUAAGUCGGGAAUGUGGUGAUAUAUGACGUAAAAUUUAUCAACAGAAAAUACAGAGCCCACAACAAAACCGCCACCAGCAAAGGGAACAUCAGGAACAGGCAACUCAUCAUCAUACCCAUCAUCAUCAUACACAUACGCAGCAGCAGCCGCAGCAACAGCAACAGCUGCAUCAUUUUCAUCAUCUGCCGCAGCCUCAGCAGCAACAACAGAAACAUCAACACUAUCAUCAUUGCCACGACCAUUAUCAUCAACAUCAAGCGGAGGAGUUUGUAUGCCGCGAUUCCAAGAAAAUCUCAUCAACGGCAACAGCAUCGUCCUCAUCAUCAACGUCGUCGACAUCAUCGUUAGCAACGCCUACCCCAAAUACUUUGAUUUGUACACGUCAUGUUUCAACAUGUCCUGCCCACACUAAACAUUGUCACGGCCAACAGCAACAGCAACCGCACAACUGUAAUAAAACACAUUUGUCAGUACGACCUCAAUUUCUACAACAACAUCAAAUCCAUCAUCUUUCGGAGGCCAACAACGCAGAAAACACUGAGGAGGAUAUCGACGACGAAGCUCAUAACGGCUCGCCGGAACCCUUCUAUGCCAAUAUGGUUUUGAGCACCGAAUGGUCCCAGGUCGAAGUGAUUGAUCUCUACAAUGAUGGCAAUGGUUUGGGGUUUAUUCUGGUGGGUGGCCGCAGCACUGGCGUAGUUAUCAAAGCCCUGACGCCCGGCGGCGUGGCUGAGCGUGAUGGCCGCCUGCAAUGCGGAGAUCAUGUCCUGCAAAUCGGUGAUGUGAAUUUACGUGGUUUCAGUUCGGAACAAGUGGCGACAGUUCUUCGUCAGACUGGAGCUCAGGUUCGUUUGAUUGUCGCAAGACCGGUGGAGUCAACAGCCACCGAUUUCCAACAUUUAGCUAGUCAUGCCCCAAUUAUUCCAACUAAGCUCCUUUCCGACCCAGAAGAAUUGUCUCGACAUUUAUUUCAUAAUCCCGGUUUGCCAACAAGUUCGGAGGCGGCCCUGGCAGCGGCCUCAUUGGUGGCCGGUGGCGGGGCAGUUGGAGGUGCAGCUAUGAUGCUGGAGGGUGUAACCGCCACCGAAACACUGGGGGCAAGUGCCUAUUAUCCUGCCACACCGGACACCGAAUUGGCCGACCUCCCCCUACCACCCAUACCCAAGGAGUUGACAAAUAGCUCAGCGGCCCGCAUGUGCCCUAAAGAUUUAGAUAUCAUACCAUUUUCCAUUGUUUCACCACCCCCAAUGUCGGGAGCGGCUGGCAAGACGCUAAGCUCUCUCUCGCCCCCAGAUGUGGGACCCAUACCUCCUCCACCCACAAUACAUUCUCAAUCGUCAUUGAAAACGAAAUCAACACCACCACCACUACAUAUGGACCACAUAGAGACUGUGAUAGCUGGUAUAACUACAACUGGCACCUCAUCUAACGAUCCCGAUGAAUGUUGUUCAAUAACGUCCUCGAACUACAUGGACUCACCGGAAACCGAAACCUAUCAUGUUAAGCUUUGCAAAAACGUCUAUGGCCUUGGCAUCACCGUGGCCGGCUAUGUCUGUGAAGAGGAGGAUUUGUCGGGUAUUUUUGUGAAGAGCAUCAUUGAGGGCAGCGCUGCCGAAAUGAGCGGGCAAAUACAAAUCAAUGAUCGCAUAGUUGCCGUCGAUGGAAAAACUUUGGCGGGCUGUACAAAUCAUCAGGCAGUGGAAAUGCUGCGCAACACGGACAUUGAAGUCCAUCUCACGUUGGAACGUUUCUUGAGAGGGCGAAAAUACGAACAUUUGCAGGUGGCACUGACCGAACUAAAAGCCUCCAUGGACACCCAAUCCCAAUACUCGCUGCCACCAUCGCCCUCAAUAGCCACCUUGUCAUGGCUGCCACCUAAAUCGGAUGUGGAUUCCAUUGCCACGGAGGGUGGAGUGGUUGGAGGCACAAGUGCAUUGGAUUACGGUGAAUUACCCUCCAGAGAAACAGUGGAUUCACAAAUGUCCCACAUGCUGGACAAGAGUGAGCAUAGCUUUGCCGGCACCAUGGCGGCAGCAGAUAAUUUGAGUCGUUCCUCAAGAACACCCACAACGCCAGACAACAACAAACAACCUCUGGCCAAUGGCAAGGCCUGUGUCAUAACAUCUCCGGAUCAUGCGAACCAAACAAAAACGAAACAACUCAACGGUUCAUUGGGUUCCCGAACACCGACAAUAGAAAAUGUUGCUGAAAUCGUUGCUACCCCCACUCCCACCCCGAGCAGCAAAGACAACAAACAAAAGACAAAACAAACACCACCUAGUGAUCUACCCAUACGUAAACUAUCAUCGCCCAUAACCGUGCCACAACAUGCCCCGUCCCAGUCCCCUGUCCCCCUAGAACAUUCCAGUCCCAGUGCGGAUUCGCUGAAAGUUUCAUGGAAAAGUGAGUUUCCCGACUGUGAAAUUAUAGUUGCCGAAAUAAAUAAACUUUCAGGUCUAGGAAUUAGCCUUGAGGGCACCGUCGACGUUGAGUGCGGCAUCGAGAAACGUCCCCAUCACUAUAUACGUUCGAUACUGGAAGAUGGACCCGUCGGCCGUCAGGGCAUCCUGAAACCAGGCGAUGAAUUGUUGCAGGUUAACGAAUAUCGUUUGCAGGGUCUCAAACAUACCGAAGUGGUAAAAAUACUCAAAGAACUGCCUUCACAUGUCAAACUGGUGUGUGCCCGCGGUCCAACCGCACCCUCUAUCAUAAAUACAUCACAAAAUCCGGAGGCCUUCGAGACGCGCAGCCUUCUGCCCGGUGGCCAUCAGAGCCUGCAGAAUCUCAUGAGCAAAGCUCAGUCGGAGAGUUCUUUGUAUACCUCUAGCACUGCCACGCUAACGGAUCAGCAACGUUCAAAAUCAUUAGAAAAUGUAUCGGGCCUAGCGCUAUGGAGCUCAGAUGUGACCAUAGUUGAAAUUGAGAAAACCGAACAGGGUUUCGGCUUCUCCAUAUUGGACUAUCAAGAUCCCUUAGAUCCAGAUGGCAGUGUUAUAGUCAUACGAGGUCUUAUCAGAGGUGGCUCCGCUGAGGCCACAAACGACAUAUUUCCCGGUGAUCGUUUGGUCAGCGUGGGCGAGCACAGUCUGCAGGGUUUGGACUUGGACGAAGCGGUAGCCAUACUCAAGGGCAUGCCAUUGGGCCUUACGAAAUUGGGUAUAUGCCGGCCGUUGUCAACAUCCGAUAGCAAUAUAGCCUCACCCAUUGGAGAAGGAGAUUCACCGAGCACAUAGCUUUCACUGGAGAUAUACUAUAUCAUCACCACCAUGUCAAAAAUGUAGAGAAGACAAAUGAAGCCAACAAUGCCAAAGGACGCUGCAAUAUCAAAUGGAUACGUAAAUUCAGAAGACACCGACACAUACAUACGUACGAAAAUCAUGCAAAUCUAUACACAAACAUAUUCAGCAAUAAAGUGAUUCUCAUUUGGACAUCAUCAUCAGCAGCAUUACACACACACACACGAAUACAUUUCUAUAUUCGAGUCAAACAUAUACCGAUGAUGAAAACCAAAAAUCUAGUUAAAUAUACCAAAAAUAAAUAAAUAAACACCUAUAGUCAAAUA